GUGAUAGAAAAAAUGGCGGCGCCCUGUGAGUUCUGAUGCGUGGUUAACAGCAAAGUUGUUCUUGACAAUUAGUGGGGAUUACGGAAAGACUAAAACCCGAUCGAUAAAGGCCCAAAUACCAGAAACAAAAAGCAGAGAGAUAAUCAGCCACAAUGGGGAAUAUAUUUGGUGUCCUUUUUAAGGGUUUAUUUGGAAAAAAGGAGAUGAGAAUCUUGAUGGUUGGGCUUGAUGCUGCAGGAAAGACAACUAUAUUGUACAAACUGAAGCUCGGAGAAAUUGUAACAACCAUUCCAACAAUAGGUUUUAAUGUGGAAACAGUAGAAUACAAAAACAUAAGCUUUACAGUGUGGGAUGUUGGUGGUCAGGACAAGAUCAGACCACUGUGGAGACAUUAUUUCCAGAACACACAAGGUUUAAUCUUUGUCGUAGACAGCAAUGAUCGAGAAAGAGUAGGUGAAGCUCGAGAAGAGCUUAAUAGAAUGCUGGCAGAAGAUGAGCUGAGGGAUGCUGUGCUGCUAGUAUUUGCCAACAAACAGGAUUUACCCAAUGCAAUGAAUGCAGCAGAAAUAACAGACAAGCUUGGACUCCAUUCGAUGAGAAAUCGUAAGUGGUACAUACAGGCCACGUGUGCUACCAGCGGAGACGGGCUUUACGAGGGACUGGACUGGCUAUCCAAUGAACUUAAGAACCAAAAACUGGCCACAAUGUCGUCUGUAUUAGAUAACCUUUUCAAGGAUUUAUUUGGAAACGAGGAAGUGAAAAUCUUGAUGGUUGGGCUUGGCGCUGCAGGAAAGACCACUACAUUGCACAAACUGCAGCUUCGGGAGAUUGUCACAACCACUCCAACAGCAGGUUUCAAUAUAGAAACAGUAGAAUACAAAAACAUAAGCUUUACAGUGUGGGAUGUUGGUGGUCAGGACAAGAUCAGACAUCUGUGGAGACAAUAUUUCCAGAACAUGAAGGGUUUAAUCUUUGUAGUUGAUAGCAAUGAUAGAGAAAGGGUAGGUGAAGCCCGAGAUGAGCUCAAUAGAAUGCUGGCAGAAGAUGAAUUGAGGGAUGCUGUGCUCCUAGUAUUUGCCAACAAACAGGAUUUACCAAAUGCAAUGAAUGCUGCAGAAGUAACAGAAAAGCUUGGACUCCACAAUAUCAGAAAUCGUUCUUGGUAUAUCCAAGCGUCAUGUGCUACCAGCGGAGAUGGGCUUUACGAAGGAUUGGACUGGUUAUCAAAUGAGCUUAAAAAGAAAAUAUAA